UUUAAAUACGUUUCUCACCUCAGUCACUUUCAUUCAGGUGAACGAAUCGGGUCGGCGAUUUUCCUUCCAAAUAAAAGAAAUAAAUUUGGUAUCAAAUAAUACCUCACAAAAUUAUAAUAAUGUCCGUGAUUACUGUCGCCUUGAUGGCCACUUUUAUCUGGGGAAAUUCGCUCUCAAAUUUACAAAAUUUCCAUCUCCAAAUCGGCGGAAUGAAUGCGUCUGAAUUUGCUGAUUUACAACUUCUAGCCACCCCCGUGGAAAACAGCGUUCUAGAAGAAUUCGGGGCCUGGUCGGGAAAUUGGAUCGUCGAAACACCACAAUUCCCAGGAUCUGAAAGAAUGAGGCUCUUAUCAAACCCUCCCUUAAAGCAUGCUGCCCCUUUUCUCGCCCGCAUUAAGACGUGGGGCUACCAAAUCACGUUUUACCAAAGUUACCAAGAAAAACAAGAAUUUUUCAGGCAAAGCUGCAUUUCAACCGAUAUGACGCCGUCAAUCGUUCAUACCUGGAUUUUGGAGAAUGAAAGUCACCUUGUCAUCCUGCCCCCUCCUCCCAGUCCCACGACAACGCUCAUCCCCCCAACGACUACAAACAUAACUACUCCAGAAAGUACGACACGGUUCGAUUCCACAAUUUCAACAACACCUAACCCCACCCUGAUAACCACCCUGGUCCCACCAACCAGUUCAAGCAUUACGACCAUGGAAAGUACGACCCGGUUCGAAUCAACAGGUUCUACUGAAGAGACAACUUCCCCUUCAACAACGGAAAACCCGAGUUCUUCUCCAAGUUUGAUGAGGCCUGAAGUCGUGGCUGUAUUAUUUUCUUUUGUAGGUGUUUUGUUAAUUUGAAGAAUAAAAUUGCCGUUACAUUUCA